UACGGUCAUGCUUGUUAGACUUUGUCGCGGAGCACGGCGGCUCUUCAAGUGAACGCAUCGCCAGUUUGUGUUCAAUUGUGCCACAAUACGGACACAAAAUGCGCACUAUCGUGAAAACUAUUCUAUUCGUUAUCUCCGUGGUAUUAAUAUCUAAACCAGUGAAUACUCUUAACAUAUUAGUCGUUUUACCCUUCGAAGGAAAAAGCCAUUUCAUAGGAUUCCAGCCGUACCUUCACGAAUUAGUGAGAAGAGGACAUAAUGUUACAGUGAUAUCCCAUUUCCCUGACAGUUUCAAUGGAACAAAUUAUCACGACAUUAGUUUGGCAGGAAAAUCCAAAAUAUUGCAGAAUGUAUUUACAAUUAACCGAUCGUACAAAUCUAUCAUAGACAUUAGCUUAUUCUUAGUGAAUACUGGCACCGGUAAUUGCAAACUGAUGUUAUCGAAUGAAAAUGUGCAGAAUUUGGUGAAGUCAAAAGCUAAUUUUGAUGUUGUGGUUAUAGAAGAGUUCAACACUGAUUGUGGUCUGGGUUUGGCUUACAAACUUAGAGCUCCUGUCGUCGGGAUAACAUCACAUAUGAUUCUUCCCUGGCAUUAUCAAAGAAUGGGUAUCAAUUUCAACCCCUCAUUCGUACAAUUCUUAUUCUUAGAAGGUGGAACUAAACCAAACUUUUUUCAGAGACUAGAAAGAUCUGUAUUCUACCUAUAUUACAAUUUGUUGUAUAAAUAUUUUUGUCAAAGAAUAGAUCAAAAAACAAUUGAAGAAUACAUUGGCGCUGUUCCCCCUUUGGAAGAAUUGGCUCGUGAAAUAAAAGUAACCCUUGUUUAUCAGAGUUUAGGUCUCACUGGUUCUCAUUUACUUCCAUCAAAUUUAAUAGAAGUUGGUGGUUAUCAUGUUGCUGAACCGAAACCUUUGCAAGAAGAUCUUAAAAAGUUUAUUGAAGAAUCAAAACACGGGGUAAUCUUCAUAAGCUUCGGAUCUAUGUUAAGAGCCUCCUCAACUCCAGCAUCUCUAAUACAGAUUAUCAUUGACACAGUAUCUGAAUUACCACAGAGAAUAAUUUGGAAAUGGGAAGAAGGCACUUUACCUGGAAACCCAAAAAAUAUUUACUCAUCUAAAUGGCUGCCUCAAAAUGAUAUAUUAGCUCAUCCCGGUGUACUAGCUUUCUACUCUCACUGUGGUAUGAUGAGCACCACAGAAGCUAUACACCAUGGAGUUCCCAUGGUCGGCAUGCCAGUCUUCGGAGACCAGCCUGCCAACGCCGCAGCCGUUGAAGAGAGCGGGCUGGGAGUACAGAUCCAAAUUAGAGAUGUCACUAAAGAGCUAUUGUUGGAGAAAUUUAAGACAGUGCUGGAUCCAAAAUUCAGAGAAAACGUCAAGAGGAUAUCACGGGUCUGGCAUGACCGUCCUCUUUCCGCCAUGGACUCCGCCAUAUUCUGGACAGAGUUUGCAGCUCGAAACCAAAACUUGAACCUUCGAUCCAGGUCUGCUGACGUGCCGUAUUACCAAUUUUUAUGUCUUGAUAUUUUGUUUGUAUUUUUAAGUGUGUUUGUUGUAUCGAAGUAUAUAGUCAAAACAACUUUAUGUAAGGGCAAUGUCAUUAAAUCUAAAAGAGAAUAAAUUUAGAACAAAUCUGUU